AUGAAUCGAAUUAUACUUCCUGUAGCUACCCUGAUAGCAAGUGCUUACUGCGCGCCCGUUUCGGCACCGCUGGCAUCAUGGUUCUGGAACACGGUCAUGAUUACCAACUCUGCAAACGUCUCUAAUAUUCUAGAGUUUGCGCAAGUCGUUGGCCUUACUCAUAUCUACGCGCAGAUAGAUUCUAACAUUCCCAACGCCGACUGGGAGAAAUUUAUCGGACAAUUCAAUGCCAGUGGCAUCAUCGUCGAUGCUCUGCUCGGCGCCGCCGACUGGGUGCUCGAAGCAGGCGACCUGGAAACUGAGCUGCAGUGGAUUGAACAGUACCAGAAUUCCGUUUCGAUAACUUCAAGAUUCACUGGAAUUCACAUGGAUGUCGAGAGUCUUGGUAUGCCAGUGGCAGCAGAUUUGCCCUUUUGGUGUUACUUGAUCAAUAGCACCACGGCGGGUCAGACCAUGGAUAUAUGGAUACUCGAUAGACUGGACUCGGCAAACUUCAUGACAUAUCGCAACACGUCAGCUGGAAUUGAAAGCCUUGCAUCUCGUCCCUUACAGGCGGGCGAGAAGACCGGAAAAGGGGUCUGGCUGGCCGCUGAGACAGGCGAGGUGGCCAAUGAAGCUGAGACGUCUUUCUAUGGGCAAACCUUCGAGGAAACGCAGAGUGCUCUAGCGGCAGUCGCAGAAGUCGAAAGCAGCAAUACAUACUUCGCUGGAAUCGCGAUAGAUGAUCUUACCUCGUGGAUGGCCCUGCCGGGAUCUGGGKACUAG